AUCUCAGAAACCUCUGGGAAUUGGCUUUGCAUGUAGCAAACAACCUAGUAAGAAAAACUAGCUUUGGAGCCAGCCCUGUGGCUGGAAAAAAAAAUGAAGUUAAAUGAAACUCUCUCUGCAACAUUGGCUAAAACCUUUUGCUGUUUCUUGCUGAGCCCACCUGGCUGAUGCCAUCAGGGAAAGACAAAUCAGAGCAGAUGAAUAAUGUGACUUUCAAGGGAUAAAUAAGGGAAACAGAAAACCUCUUCAAGAGAAGUCAUGAUUUGCAAGUCUGUUCUACGAAUGCUUCACUGACAAGGACUCUGUGGAGGAGGGAAUGGAGGACAGUGUUUUGAGAAACUGUGACCUCUGGACAAACCUCACUUUAAACAGUAAGGAAACUAAGGCUAAAGAGGAGAAUGAAAUGGAUCACAAACCUAACCAAUGGCAGAGUUGUGAUUGAAACCCAAGAAAAUGUGAAAGAUGCAUGGUCAUGGAGGCUAUGAUUCUGAUUUUAGUGAUGAUGAACACUGUGUAGAAUCCAGCAAAAGGAGAAAAAGGACAGUUGAAGAUGACUUACUGCUCCAAAAACCGUUUCAGAAAGAAAAACAUGGAAAGGUGGCCCAUAAACAAGUUGCGGCAGAAUUGCUGGAUAGGGAAGAAGCAAGAAAUAGAAGGUUUCAUCUCAUAGCUAUGGAUGCUUAUCAAAGACACACAAAGUUUGUAAAUGACUAUAUUUUAUACUAUGGUGGCAAAAAAGAAGACUUCAAGCGUUUGGGGGAAAAUGACAAGACAGACAUGGAUGUUAUACGAGAAAAUCACAGAUUCCUGUGGAAUGAGGAGGACGAAAUGGACAUGACUUGGGAGAAGAGACUUGCUAAGAAAUACUAUGAUAAAUUAUUUAAGGAAUACUGCAUAGCAGAUCUCAGUAAAUAUAAAGAAAAUAAGUUUGGAUUUAGGUGGCGAGUAGAAAAAGAAGUCAUUUCAGGAAAAGGUCAAUUUGUCUGUGGAAAUAAAUAUUGUGAUAAAAAAGAAGGCUUAAAGAGUUGGGAAGUUAAUUUUGGUUAUACUGAGCAUGGUGAAAAGAGAAAUGCACUUGUUAAAUUAAGAUUAUGCCAAGAAUGUUCCAUUAAAUUAAAUUUUCAUCACAGGAGAAAAGAAAUCAAGUCAAAGAAAAGAAAAGAUAAAACCAAAAAAGAUAGUGAAGAGUCAUCACAUAAAAAAUCCAGAUUAUCUUCUGCAGAAGAGGUUUCCAAGAAAAAAGAUAAAGGGCAUUCAUCUUCAAAGAAAUCAGAAGAUUCUCUAAAUAGAAACUCUGAUAAGGAAGAAAAUACUUCAGAAUCUGAACUUUGGAAGGGUCCACUACCAGAGACAGAUGAAAAAUCACAGGAAGAAGAGUUCGAUGAGUAUUUUCAGGGCUUGUUUCUGUGAGACGAGAGAAAGAAGCCUCCGCUCCUUAAUGUGAAACUUUAUGAAGUUUUAAACUUCAGACACUUUGAAAUUUUAUGUAAGUUUUUAUCUGCAAAUUACAGCUUGUGUGGUUUGUCUUUGGAAAUAAAAAUCCAAGUUCUCUCAUAAUAUCAA